AUGAAGUUUCUCAGAAGUUACUGCCAAGUUCUUGAAAGAUGUGAAGUGGAUAAGCCUUCUUCAUCCAAAUCAGCAGCUAAGCCACCUUCGAUUGCAAAACCCAGCGCGCCACCGAGAACAUCCCAUCCAGUAACAUCCAAUCAAUCAGAGAUUUUGUGUGAAGUAUGCGCGGGUCAGCAUAGUAAUUACAAAUGUCCUUCCUUCAUGAGUGUUGAUCAGCGUGUUACCAAGGUGAUACAAAUCGGAUUAUGUUUCAACUGUCUUCGGAAAGGUCACCAACUGAGAGCUUGUCCGUCGGAUAAAUCAUGUUCGAAGUGUUCCAAAAAGCAUCAUACGUUGCUACACUUCGAGCAACUAUUGCAACCUGAGCCUAAGCAGCAGAAUUCCAGUGGAUCAAACAGCCUGCAAGAAGCUAAUGCAUUAACCACUAUUUCUGAGAAUCCUGUAACUACAGCGUGUUCCAGCGUUCAACGUCGUGCAAAACAAGUGCUAUUGAUGACUGCAUUGGUGAAUGUAGCUUCAAAAAGUGGAAGAGUCUUUAAGUUACGUGCCCUCCUCGAUUCAGGGUCUCAAGUCAACCUGGUAUCCGAUUCUGCUGUGAAAAUGCUAGCGCUUCCAAAGUAUCCUGCCAACGUGCCAGUUGUAGGAGUAGCUGGUGCCCAAUCCAAAAUUCGCCAUCGUGUGAUUUUGAAGCUAUUUUCUGAACAUACAGACUUCAAAAGUGAUGUAGACUGUUUGGUAACAACGAAAGUGACAGGAAAAAUUCCAUCCAUUCCGAUUAACAUUUCAGAAUGGAAAUUUCCGACCGGCAUUGUGUUAGCCGAUCCAGGUUUCAACGAGCCAAAAGAAGUGGACCUAAUGAUUGGUACCGAACUAUUUUUCCAAAUCCUCAAACAAGCUCAACUGAAAAUCUCCGAUGAUCUACCUACACUGUAUAAGACUCAGUUUGGAUGGGUUAUCGCCGGUGCUCUUCAAGAAUCCAAUGAUGAAGUCGUAAAUGUGUUGUGUGCCACAAACGAAGAUCCAUUGCUGGAGAGUAUCCAAAGAUUUUUCGAACAGGAAGAGCUUCCGAAAGAAAAGGUGCUUACGGUUGAAGAGGAAGGGAUAGAAAAUCUUUUCUGCAAAACGUUCUAUCGAGAUGAAGAUGGCCGAUUUGUGGUUCAGCUACCAUUCCGCGAUUCCAUCAAUGAAUUAGGUAACUCCAGAUCAUUAGCGUUCAAGAGGUUCCUAUCGAGUGAAAAACGACUAGCCAACAACCCAAAGAUGAAGGUGAUGUACCAAGCCUUCAUAAAGGAAUAUGAAGACCUUGGUCAUUGCCAUGAAAUCCGCGAAGCGUGUCAUCCUCCAGAUCAACGAAGCUACUAUCUCCCGCAUCAUGCAGUACUCAAACCUUCGAGCACCAGCACAGCUCUACGUGUUGUAUUUGACGGCAAGGCGCAGUCGAACGGAUUAUCCCUCAACGAAGUUUUGAUGGUUGGUCCCAACAUCCAGAACGAUCUAUUUUCCAUCGUAUUGCGCUUCAGAAAACACGUUUAUGCAUUUUCGGCAGACGUUGAGAAAAUGUAUAGACAAGUGAGAAUCGAUCCAAGCCAGACCCGUUUCCAGAGAAUUUUUUGGCGUGACAAACCAACCGACCCAAUAAGAGUGAUGGAGCUGGACACAGUGACAUACGGGACAUCUCCGGCAUCGUUCCUGGCCGUUAGAUCCAUGAUUCAACUUGCGAGAGAUGAGAGAAUAAACUUUCCCAUAGCAGCUGAGUCUAUAAUAGAAGAUUGCUACAUGGACGAUAUACUAAGUGGUGCUUCAACAUUAGCAGCCGCGAAACAACUACGCGGUGAUAUCGAGGUGUUAAUGGCGAAAGGAAAGUUUCCAAUACGGAAGUGGUGUUCCAACGACGACGAAGUGCUUGAAGGUAUUCCGGAGCGAGACCGUGAAAAAUUGAGACGCAUAGAAGAUUCUCGUGCUAACGAAACUAUUCGCGCUUUGAGCAUUCUGUGGAACUCAAGAAGUGAUCAGUUCCUGUUUUGGAGAAGUCCGGAAUCGAUUCAACUCGAACAAAAGGUGACCAAAAGGAAUGUUCUCUCCCAGAUCGCCAAACUUUUCGAUCCCCUUGGCCUAAUUUCUCCUGUGAUCGUAUUAGCCAAGUCCAUCAUGCAACAAUUGUGGGAUGAUGGUUUAGGAUGGGAUGAGACCCUUGAGAGCAAGACGCUGAGUAGAUGGAUGAACUUUCAUCAGUCGCUAGUUGGAUUGAACGAGAUACAAAUACCGAGAUGUGUUGUGGUUCCUGAAACUAUUCGCGUGGAGAUGCAUGGUUUCUCGGAUGCAUCGUGUACUGCUUAUGGCGCCUGUCUUUAUCUGCGUUGUAUUCAGUUGGAUGGAGCAGUUUCAGUUAAAUUGCUAUGCAGUAAGUCUAAGAUUGCUCCAUUACGUCGUCUCACAAUGCCCAGACUAGAAUUGUGUGCCGCCGUGACAUUGGCAAAACUGGUCAGUGUAGUGAUUCCUAUCUUAAAGAUUGAAAUAAACGAUGUCAAGUUAUGGGCUGACAGCCAGAUUGUGCUGGCGUGGCUGAAGAAGGAUCCAGAGCGACUUGAAGUGUACGUUAGAAACCGAAUUUUGGAGAUGUGCCUAUGUGUGGAAGUACGUCAGAUCAGAGAAUAA